UAUAAUCGACAAGUGCACUUGUAAAUCAAAUUAAGCGUCUCCUUCCUUAUUCCCUCAAAUCAUAAAUACGUGCUAAAUAUGUGCACCCUCCAUACUCGGUACGUCUCAAACUAAGCGCACUAUGCAACGCUGUCUGGGGUCCAGUAAGUACGAUGAACCGCAAAAGGGAAAAGGUUAAGUUUACAUGGCUGGAUAAAGCCAAGGAUUCUCCCAGAAAACUCAUGAAGAACAGUGUGGGUGUGGCACAGCCAACAUGCUGGGAUGGAGAUGAUCAGGACGGUGGUAUAAGAGAGGUUUGCUCUCCUGGCCUGAACACGUCUACGGGCUCAGUUGAAUUGAGCGACAUGGAGAACAUGUGUCUCAGCACCCCACUUAGUACACCCAAAGCACGCUUAAAACUGACUGGACGCCACAGAGCACUGUUGAAAAAAAACAGUCCUGGUGCGGACACUGUUUCAGGACAGUCCUCUGUUGGCCCUUCACCACCCUCUGCUGGAAAGAAAUGCAGGAGUCCAGAAGAAGGGCAGAAAGUCAUUCUCCUCAAAGCGCUAAGUGAUGCAAUGGGGAAUGCAAACAAAACGUCAUCAGUUGGUGGGCCUAAAAGUCCUUCUGCAAAGAAAACCCCAGACAUGCUUAAAAAGGCAAUUGAGGAGAAAAGCAGAUCUGAACUUGACUGCUGCUCAUUCAGUGGGAAGAUUGAACGACUGAGCGCCGCUACAGAUGACGAGCCUCUCUCGCUGGACUUCAUAGACACAGAAGAUGAUGGGACAGAAAUAAUGCUGGAUACCAGGAGUGUGAUUCUAAAGCGACCAGAAUCGCCGGACUGGUCAGAUGUUGAGGACUCCGAGCAGGUGGAAGUCUUCUCACAGGAUGAGUCUUUCGAAACAAAGGGGCGUCAAACAGCUGUGCUUAAAAGGGAUUGUGAGUUUGUGGAAUAUAAUAACACUCUUCCAGCUUUAUGCCACCCUUACUCUUUAUCAUCAGCUUUAGAACCAGAAGUGCAUAAUAGUUCCCCAACCGUGGAGCUUUUGUCAGAGCAUUCAGCUCAGAAUACAGCCUCUGCCCUGGAGCCCCCUAAGAGCUGCACAGUGAGGCGGUCCCUCAAAUUACAGGAGUCUGUCAUCAGCUCUUCUCCGCUGGUCGACGUUUUCUCCGGUCUCAGAACAUUUACAUCCUCCCCAUAUACACCCGGUUACUGGAAUUACUCGCAUCUUACUCCACGCAGGACUUCAGAAUCAAAUAUUUAUGCGUCUUCACCGAUGCUCAUCGCUGAUGACGUUGCCACUCGCAGGAUGUCUCUUGGUUCGGAGCCUCUCUGGCUGUCAGAUUUGAACUAUUCACGAGCGGAUUCCGCAGGAUUCAUUGACACGCACUGUCACCUUGAUAUGCUCUAUGGGAAGUUGAGUUUUCAGGGAAGUUUCCAAAGGUUUCAGAGAAUGUACGCUAGUACUUUCCCAAAGGAGUUUAAGGGCUGCAUCGCGGACUUCUGCAACCCACGAAUCACUGAGAAAGAGGCUAUCUGGCAAGGGCUGCUAGGAGAGGAGAAAGUAUGGGGAGCCUUUGGUUGCCACCCGCAUUUUGCCAAGGAGUAUAACCACGUUUAUGAGCAAAGCAUCAUGAGUGCUAUGCGUCACCCUAAGGCCAUUGCAUUUGGAGAGAUUGGUUUGGAUUACUCGUAUAAGAAUUCUACCGAAUCGUGGAAGCAGAAGGAGGUGUUUGAAAGGCAGUUGCAGUUGGCCGUCUCUCUCCGGAAGCCUCUUGUCAUACAUUGUCGUGAUGCGGAUGAUGAUGUGCUGAAAAUUAUGAAGAAGUGUGUCCCCUGGGAUUACAAAAUACACAGACACUGUUUUACCAACAGCUAUUCUGUGAUCGAGCCGUUCUUGAGUGAAUUCUCUAACCUGUGUGUGGGUUUCACUGGACUGGUGACGUAUCAUCACGCUGCAGAGGCUCGAGACUCUGUGAGGAAAAUCCCACUCAACAGAAUCUUACUGGAGACGGAUGCACCAUAUUUCCUACCCAGACAGGUGCCAAAGUCCACAUGCAGGUUUGCUCAUCCUGGUAUGGGCAUACACACGCUGCAUGAGAUUAGUCUGCUGAAGGAAGAGAGCCUAACCACAGUACUGCAAACAGUCCGGCAAAACACCAGACAUGUAUACGGUCUGUGAUGAGCAACUGAAGUCCUUGCCAUCUUAGUCCAGCUAUCAUUUAGCUUUGUCUUGCUAAAAAGGUUAACAUGAGUGUGUUCAAAUAAGUGUAUCAGCAUUAAUGCUUAAGUUUUGUAAGUGUUGUAGGGAAUGUCACAUCUGUUAAAAAUGUUAAAAUAAUUUUAAUAUCUCUUCGGUUUUGUUUUAAAAUGGUUCUUGUUCUCAGGAUUCUUUUGUCGUGUAUCUGCAUGCAUUUUUAGUUAUGUAUGCUUGUAAGACAUAAGUGACAUAAAAUGCUGGCUUGUGUCUGUUAGAAUAAGUCAUUUUUUCCUUACACAAUCAAUGUUUAUACAAAAAUAAAAUGUACACA